AUGAGUGGGAACGUCGAGAAGAUGCGUCAUCGCUGCACCACCACGGGCGAGAUGUACGAGAACGUGGUGGCCACCGUAAAGGGCUGCGUUAAGCGCAAGACGCUCAAGAACAUGGCUACCUACGUGCUGAAGAAGCCGGUGGCGGACGUGACCGACGCCGACAUCGUGAGAGCUGUGCAGGUUCGGUGCCGCACCCUCAAGAACGAAUUCGUGCCUGACGUCAUGUCGCGGUUUCGCCAGAAGCUUAAGAUAGACCUAUCGAUUGAUGACUGCGAUGCACGAGUGUUCCGCUACUACGAGGAUGUCAAUGGUAUCAUCGAGGACAACGGCCUGCAAGGGCUGAUUGGGGCAGACAACACCACCGACGCUGGCUGCAAGAGCAGAAUGAAGGCUCGGUGCCACCUAUUGGUUGAAAAUCUGCAGCCUCCGGUCGUCAAGGCGCAAAUCACCCGUCUAAUCGAUUUAGAGAGGCGUGACCGUAAGUCUGAUGACGUCGCCCUCUUUGAUCUGACAUUGGAGCACGCGAAGGUACAACAGCGGUUCCAUCGGAUGUCGCAGGACUAUGCCGCAAAGGGGGACUCGAAGGCUGCAAAGCCAGAUCGUAAGCCUCAGAAGACCAGCCUCGCCGGCGCGAGCGCCAAAGCCGAGUCAGCGUGCCCAACGCCGUCUGCAGCUCAACCGCCUGCCUCCGCCCGUGCACCACGACCGUCUCGGCCUCCGCCUCAGGUUGGCUGCCUGGUGUGCAAGGGUGCACACUGGCUCAAGGACUGCCCCACGACAGCCGACGCCCAGAAGGAGGCCGCCCGGACGCGGUAUCAGGCCGAGAAGGAGCCUUUCGCUCUAAAGCAGCUCGCACGGGUACUACAACGAACAUGGUGCGGAUCAACGCGCUACUCGAAGUACCGUACAUUGCGGACACGGGUGCAGACCGAAGUGUGGUCUCCAGCGCCAUGA